AUGGAGUCGGUUCCCACCACUGUCUUUGUGUUCGCACCAUUGUCGGCGGUCAUCCUGCACGAAUUUGUCCUGCGACGAGUGGAAGUCGACCAUUUGACCCUUCAGAUUCUUGGACUAGCAAUUACCGUAUACUGGGUUCUCUUCUAUUACAUUGGAUUCGUCGCCACGACACUGGUGACGAGUUUCUUCUGGGUUCCACUGUGGCUGUACAUCGGAGCGUACCGUGCCUUUUUUCAUCCACUCAACGUCUAUCCGGGACCUUGGGCCGCGAAGCUAUCGCGAUGGUGGACUGUCAAACAGACGUAUGACAGUGGCCUCCAUUAUCAUCGGGUUCUGCAGCGGUUGCAGAGUCGGUAUGGCGACUAUGUUAGGACAGGGCCACGUGAGCUCACUAUUUUUGAUGCAGCUGCGAUUCAACCAAUUCUGGGAGCACAAUCAAGUACAUCGAAGGGUCCUUUCUUUGAUGUCAUGGAGAAGUCUUUACAUCUCAACCGCGACAAGGCAUUCCACCGCCAGCGUCGCAAGGUCUGGGACAACGCGAUGAAAAUAUCGCUUUCGGAAUAUGCGCCGCAGGUCGAGAACUUCACAGAUCAGCUGCUUACACGAUUGAGAAGCGAGGAAGGAAGAUCCAUUCCACUGUUUGAGUACGCGACAUACUACAGCUACGACGUCAUGGCAGCACUGGCUUUUGGCAAACCAAUGGGCUUCAUCAAAGGCGAGCAAAGUGAUGUCGCUGCUAGUAUUCUUGCUACUUUCACGAAUAGCGUCCAGGCGCUGGGAUACAUGUAUCAUAUGCCAUGGCUGAUGAACGCGAUUGGUGUACUUACCUCGUUCGCAGGACCCAUGAAGGAGUGGCGAGACUGGAGCGUCCGAGAUGCCAAACCCGACCUAAUCUCACACCUCAUAAACUCCACCCCCAAAACACCAGAAGGUCGCGAACUCCUCUACGGCGAAUCACGUCUCAUCAUUUCCGCCGGCAGCGAAACGACUUCCUCAACCUUGACCUUCCUCUUCAUGCACCUCGCUACACAUCCCCAUUAUAUAGCCGCUGUCCGCGCUGAGUUUCUUGCGAACAUCGACAAUUACGACUGCCAGCGCCCCAUGCCAAUGCUAGAAGCUGUAAUUCAGGAGUCAAUGCGCAUGUGGCCUUCAGUCUUUUUCGGUUCACAACGCGUUACACCUCCACAAGGCAUAGAGGUAAAUGGGCGCUUCAUCCCAGGGAACAUGAUUGUGCAUAUACCUCUAUUUCCCCUAUUUCACGAUGCAAGGAACUUCGUUGCACCUGAUCAGUUCAUUCCUGAGCGAUGGACGACGAAGCCUGAAUUGGUACUCAAUAGACAAGCGUUCAUACCGUUUUCGACUGGCUCGUAUAGCUGUGCAGGGAAGGCGCUGUCUUUGAUGGAACUGAGGAGUGUGAUCGGAAGGGUGGUCGCGGAGUUUGACAUUGUACUGGAUGAAGGAACUGAUGUAAACGCUUACUGGGAGGGUAUUCUGGACCAUUUCACUGCAGGAGCACCACCGAUGACGGUCAGGUUUCUCAGGGCGCGAUAG